GUGCUACACUCUGCUGGUAGUUCCUAUAUAAACACAGGGCAGUGUUAAUUUAGUGCUGGUGAUUUUGCUGUGUGGAUCUCAGACGAGAAGAACCCACACUGACUGCUGAAUCCUGAUCUAACAAGACAAGGUCCAAACAAGCCGUUUUGUGGAGCGAUGAAGGUUUAUGAGAGUGUCCUGCUACUUUUCAGCUGCUGGUUCCUUCACACUCUAGCUUUAGACUGUACCGUGAUUAGUGGAAUCCUGAAGCAGAUAGAUGCUGGGUCAGGCCAAGUGGUUGGAGUAAACAAUGGAAAUGAAGUGUUUGUCCUAAUUAAUGAUGUCUUCACUAAGCUCAGCGGGUCUCUAAAGCACUUCAGUGCUGGUCCUGCUGGUUGGCUGGGGGUGAAUUCUGCAAACGAGAUCUUCAAGUUUCGGAGUGGUUCCUUCAUUCAAUUUCCAGGGCUUCUCAAACAGGUGGAUGCUGGAGGUGAUCAGAUCAUUGCAGGUGUCAAUAUGAAUGAUGACCUUUUCUGUUUAAAUAUGGAUGCUAACAACAACUGGCCACCCAGCGAUACUCCUCCUUGGGUUCAUCUGAAUGGAAAGCUGAAGUAUUACAGCUGUGGUCCAUACAGCUGUUGGGGAGUAAACAGCGACAACAAAGUCUUCAUCAUGAGGGAUGUGUCUAAUGCUGUCUGUUCUGGGUCCAACAAGUUGGAGAAUAUUGAUGGUCUUCUGUCCAUGAUUGAAGUAGCAACUGAUGGCAGUGUCUUUGGUGUCAACCAUGACGGGAAGUUAUUCCAAAGAACUGGCGUCACUCGCUCCAACCCUUCUGGUACAGGCUGGUCGUCAAUGCAUGCCUGUCCCAAUGGCCACAAGCAUGUGAGCUCUGACCUGGGAGUGCUGUGGGUUGUGUGCGUUAACGGCUCAAUCCUUAGGUGUCCUCCAGCUGUCACUAAAGUUAUUGAUGAGUUCCCUCAUUAACAAACCUCAGUGACUAGUCAUUAACAAAAAGCUUGAUUUGUAUUUUUCUUGUUGUUGAACCAAUAAAGUAUCUUAAACGUC